UCCAAUUUCUACAAAAAUUAAAAAAUUCAAUAAAAUUUCUCCCUGGUUUCUCUCUGCAACUUUUUUUUCCUUCUAAAACCUUCUUCCACCGCUGAAUAUCUACUACUCGUGGUUUCUUUGUCAAUAACAAGAUCUAAAACCCUUUCCCUCUUUGAGAAUCAAAGACAACAAAUUCAUGAAUCCACGAACAGACAAGUUAGUGAGGAGGACGACUAUGGUGGCUACCGUCACUGCUGCUUAUUUUCUCUUAACCGCCGACUAUGGCUCCCAACCAAAUGCUCUCGACCCUGUUAAGAAGGCCAUAAAGUCGGCAGAAAAUUUGGUGAAGGAAUACAUCUUUGGACCAAAGACUCAAUCUCAAGAAAGUCAAGUGGAGAAGCUGGGCUCUAACAACAGCACCAAGAAACAACCAUAGUUUAAUAAAAAGUAAACUUUGCAUAGAAACACCCGGGGUUUGAGUAAAUUUUUAUAGUUUUUUCAAAAUGUGAAGCUGUUUUGGGCUCAGUUGGUUUCUUGUAGCUUUAUUCAACUUUAUCUUAAAACAUACACCUUAACACCAGUUAUCAACCAUGACAUGGUUUUUUUUCCUUGGCCAUCAUCUCACCCCUAGUUUUUAUUCAUUGUCAUACAUUUCAAUAAUCUUUGGAAGUACAAUUUUUUUUUUCGUC